AUGGGCGCAACGCAAUCCACUAACCACCCCUAUAUCCUAGAGACACCACGGGGCUCACUCAAGGGUCUGGAACAGCGCGACCUAGCGGGAAAGCCCAUUCUUUAUCGUUUUACCAAAGUCCCAUACGCACUGCCACCCACGGGGUCCCGUCGUUGGCGGCGCCCCCAAGCUUUACCGCAGGACUUUACAUUCAACAACCCGCAAGGUGCCCCCGGGGACUAUACCCGGUUCGGACCCAUCUGCCCACAACCACACUAUGGCCACGGCUCGAUCGUCGUUCCGAAUCCCAACGCAGCGCCGCCCGUCGAGAACGAGCAGGACGAAGACUGCCUCUACCUCAACAUCUGGGUGCCAGCUUCUUCGCCUCCGCCGAACAGCAAGAAAGGGUGGCCUGUCCAGUUCCACAUCCAUGGCGGCUGGCUCCAGGUGGGUGACGCGCUGCAGCAGAACCAAGAGGACCCCUUCGACCUGAUCGCACAUACGACGCCCCGCAUCAUUGUCUCGCCCACCUACCGCCUCAACCUGUUCGGCUUCCUGGCUGGGUCCGAACUCGCCAGUCUCAAAGAAGACGCUUCUGCCUCAAACUACGGCCUGUGGGACCAACGGUGCGCGCUGGAGUGGGUGGCCAAGAACAUCCACAUGUUCGGCGGCGACGCGUCCAACAUCACCGUUGGGGGUCUGUCGGCGGGCGCCAACAGCACCUUCUUCCAGCUCAAUUACGACACCCUUUUGCCUCGGGAACAGAGACUGAUCAGGAGAGUCUACCUGUGGUCCAACGCGGUGGCGAUCCAGCCGAACCCGACGUCCUCUCCGGUUCUGACGCAGCAAUUCAACGACCUCUGCGCCAUCUUUGACAUUCCUUCUUCAGCCAAUCCGCGCGAGAAACUCGACCGACUCCGCCAGAUCCCGGCCAAGGACCUGAUCGCGUCUUUGGGGAAGAUGAAAAUGCACACCUUCCGCGGGUCGACCGAUGACUGUUUCAUCCCAGCCACCUUCCUCUCGGCGCUGCACUCGGGGUCGUUCACGACGCGCCUCGCCGAGAACGACAUCUCGGUUUUCCUGGGUGAAGUCUGCGACGAGAAGGAACUGUAUAAGCUCGUCAACCCGCCCACGUCAUUGCAGGGACUCCUGACGCAGUUGGCCAACUACUAUCCCGCACACGUGGUCAAGGCCCUGUUGCCGCAGUACUCGCUGCCGGCGAGCACCUCGACCGACGCGGCCGCGUGGGCUGAGGUGUUUAGCCAGAUCGUGGCGGACGCGCAGGUUCACGCCUCGCUGCGUGGUCUCACACACGUUCUGCUCAACCCACCGCCGCAAUCGUCCCCACGCGCCAAGGUCAAGCCCCUUCCGGCCGCCAACGUACACCGGUACCGCAUCUCAUGGCGGGCCAAGAACCUCGACCGAUGGGUUACCCCCUCGGUGGGCGUCUGCCACGGCCUCGACACCCCGAUCUGGUGGGCCAGCGGCUGGCGCGCCGACUACACCGACCAGGACAAGCAGGCCAUCAAGCGCUUCUUGGCCCCCUUCGGCCGCUUCUUGGCUGGAGAGCCUGUUCAAGGCGGCGGCGGCGGCGAGAGAUACAUCAAGUGGUGGCUGGACCCGCAGGGCAAUGUGAUCGAGGACAAAGAGGACGAGCUGUGGGACCGUGGCAUGCGCAUCUGGGACAAGACGUGGGCCUCGCAGAAGGAAUUGGUGGUCAAGGAGAAGGAAGGUGGUGAGAGUCGGUUGUGA